CCGCUCGUGUCAUCAUAGACAUUGAUCAUCGGAAGAGACGAAAAAUAUUUUAUUGUUUUGUCUUUGCCGCACAAUUACCUUAACCGAAAACCAGUCUUAAAACUCUUGUCCUCCUCUUUUUUGUCAUUCCUUAAAUAAGCCUAUUUUUAGAUAAGUGGAUUAAAAAAUUGUGAUACGUAUUAAGGAAGCGUUAAACGUUAAAAGUCUGCGCCGACGUGUAUGUAUAUUUUCGCACUCAUCGACGGCAUGAAAUGAGGAGUUACUUUUUUUAUAACAAUUUAAAUUCUACCAAUAGUUUUGUAAAUCUUACAAUUGUUCGAAAGAUACAUCUUUCUUCGAAAGAUGCUGUGUCGCGAUGGAAAAUUGAGUUUGUUUUCCUUUAGUAUAUCUCUUAUUUUUGCGAUCCUACCUGAAGUACUUUUGAGGUUAGAAUGCGAUAUUUUAAGGGAAUAUUUUCAAAAUACCAUAUUCGUGCACUCUCUUCAAUAUGGUUUUUUGAAUUUCACAUUAUUCCUUGCCUUCCAUGGAUUUGAAUAUCAGGUCGCAGUCAGAUCCACGUUUUUGGGAUACGUAGUUGGUAUUGCAAUUACGAUAUUUUCUACUGCUUCACCCUCCUGGCGAAUGUUUGGCGUUUAUAUGGCAGUAAUAGCUAUAUUCCAUUAUACCGAAUUUUUAGCUAUAGCAUGGACAAAUCCGUCUACCUUGUCUAUAGAUAGUUUUGUUCUUAAUCACAGUAUCUCGUAUGGCAUAGCCGCGUGUUCUAGUUGGAUUGAAUUUAUUGUAGAAAGAUACUACUUCCCAGAUAUGAAAAAGGCCUCCUCCAUUUCCUAUGUCGGCUUAAUAUUAUCCAUAUUGGGAGAAUUAUUAAGAAAAAGCGCUAUAUUUACGGCCAAACAUAAUUUUAAUCAUAUUGUGCAAAGUGCAAAGAAGAGGAAUCACGAAUUAAUAACGCAUGGCAUUUAUGGAAUAUUUAGACAUCCGAGUUAUGUCGGAUGGUUUUAUUGGGCCAUUGGAACUCAGUUGAUACUACAAAAUCCAUUUUGCAUUUUGGGAUACGCGGUUGCUUCUUGGAGAUUCUUCCACGAUCGUAUUCUUAUAGAAGAAAUAACGUUGUUGAAUUUUUUUGGCGAAGCAUACGUUGAAUACCAAGGAAAAGUACCUACCGGACUACCAUUUAUAUCUGGCUAUAAAACUGACUUAUAGCAACCUAUAGAUGUUUAAUCAAACUUUAUAUUCGGACAUCAAUGACACGUCGAUUUUAUAAUACUUUUGUCUCAAUAGUCAUCUGUGUAUAUAGUAUGCUGAUAUAAGUUUAUCUUUUCUUUCUCUUAUUUUUCUUAUGUAAAUAUAAUACUCUUUAUAUUAUUUUUCUUAUAUAUAUAAUUUUGCUUAUUUAUUUCUUCAGCUAGUAAUAAAACGUCAAACGAACGAUUUCGCGAAAAUUUCUAUGAGAUUUGUUGCAAGUUAAAAUUCCAACGUUUAAUAACGUUAAUUAACACGAGGAUGCAAUAAACUGAUCUUUCUUAACAAAA